AAUAUAACUCUCUUUUGACGCUGUCCUUGCUUACUACAACUGCUGCUGUACUCAUAUAUAAAGCGCCUGCGAGUGCUGUCUAUCUACAUACAUAAUGUCUGGCCCAGUCGAAAUUGAAUCUGUCACGCAGUGGAACGAGACUCUCCGUUCUGCGACAGCAGCAGGGCAAACAGUCUUCGUCGACUUUCACGCAGUAUGGUGUGGACCUUGCAAGCAAAUCGCUCCAUUUUUCGCCCAGUUUGUGCAGAAGAACCCUCAAGCGAUAUUCGUGCGUGUCGAUGUCGAUGCACAGAAAGCCAUCUCGUCAAAAUACCGGAUAUCAGCCAUGCCUACUUUCAUCGCGAUCAAGGCAGGUAAACAGGUCGACUUCUUGCAAGGCGCCGACCCACGGGGUCUUGCCGCCAUGAUUACUCGACAUGCGGCUAGAGUCGUACCUUUGUCGGCGGAAGCAGAGGCAGCGAAGGAAGAGGGAAACAAGCAUUUUGCUUCGGGAGAAUAUACUGCUGCUGCUGAAGCAUACACCACCGCGAUAUCUCAUGCGCAAAAAUCCCCACAGUUGUAUGCGAAUCGUGCUUUGGCGUAUCUCCGUCUCGGAGGUAAGGAAAACCUACCUAAAGCGCUUGCUGAUGCGGUAAAAGCAACUGAAUUGGACGAACGGUGGGGUAAGGGAUGGGCACGGUUAGGCGAUGUUAUGCUUGCAGUGGGAGAAGAUGAGACUGACCCAGAGGGUGUGAAACAUAUGGUGAAUGCGGCGCAAGAAUCAUUCGAGAACGCUGUAGGUCUACUCGAAGGAUCUGCCAGUCAGCAAACAGGUCAGUAACUUGGUUUUUUCAAGAUUUCGCGCAAUGUUCACUGGCUGCAGAGGUCAAAAAGAAACUGGAGGCAGUUCGGGAACGACUUAAGAAGACCGCAUAGAAAUUGCAAUUGCUGACGCCGUGUAUGCAGUACAAGUGUAGUGCCGUAAAUUGUAUCUGUACAAAUAUUAUCGUCGAGUCCGGCGAAUAAAUAGCAUCCGGAGUUACAUAAACACGUUA